AUGUCUCACAGGGAAAGCACGCCCAAACUCCCCGCCGCCGCUUCCCGCCCUUUCCGCGCUGCGCGUGCGUUGCCGGGCGCGGGCCGGCGGGCGGCGCGCGCAUGCGCGGGCGCGCGGGCCCGGCGGCGGACGGGAAUUAAAAUGGAAGAUGAGGAGGUCGCGGAGAGCUGGGAGGAGGCGGCCGAUAGCGGGGAAAUAGACAGACGGUUGGAAAAGAAGCUGAAGAUCACGCAGAAGGAAAGCAGAAAGUCCAAAUCUCCUCCCAAAGUGCCGAUCGUGAUCCAGGACGACAGCCUUCCCGCGGGGCCGCCGCCGCAGAUCCGCAUCCUGAAGCGGCCCACGAGCAACGGCGUGCUGAGCAGCGCGCACCCCGCCAGCCGCCCCGCCUUCCCCGUCAAAUCGCUGGCACAGCGCGAGGCCGAGUACGCCGAGGCCAGGAAACGCAUCCUGGGCAGCGCCAGCCCCGAGGAGGAGCAGGAGAAGCCCAUCCUGGACAGGCCGCCGCGGAUCUCGCAGCCCGAGGACAGCCGGCAGCCCAACAAUGUGAUCCGGCAGCCGCUGGGCCCCGAUGGCUCGCAGGGCUUCAAGCAGCGCAGAUAGAGGCGGAGGCGCCGUUCCGCCGGCACGGACACACGGACCCGGGCCAGGGGACCUCCCGGGGUGAUUUGCACUGUGACCCUUUUGCUCUGCCCACUGUGACCUUCAGCCCCACGCACUGUGACCUCCCCUCUCCACCCACUGUGAGCGGCCGUGGCGGCAGGGCUGUCCCCCCGCGCGGCCGGGGGACACGAGGGGCCGUGCCGCGCUCGGCCGGGCGCAGGGAGUCGUGCGUGCCCCACUCGGGUCGGAGCGAGCGCCAGCAAUAACGUUUGUUGUACUCCAAACCUGGCAUUUAAGGAAAAACAAAACAAAACAAAACAAAAAAAAAAAAAAAAAAAAAAAAAAGAUGGGAAGCCUCCCCAGCCGCGCAUGUUGUCCUCAUCACUUCCAGAACGAGUUCUGUUUUUGAGGAUUUUUAGGUUCUUUUAUUUGGUUUUCUGUUUGUUUUCUGUAUCUUGGAUCGGCGGAGUGCGUGGGAAGGGUUUGAGCCGUUUGUUUGAAUCCAGAGAGGUAGCUGAGUGUUCCGAAGGGAAUUCCAAUGGAUUUCCAUGAAUGUGAUGGCUUGGGGAUGACAAGCUCAUGUUUCUCCUCCAUUUCCACUGCCAUGGAAGCGAACUCCUGGAUACCCCCAGGUACCUCGGAGUCGGACCCAGUUCACAUCCUGCUCCUGUUAAAGCUUGGCUCCAAUUCCCUGCUGGCUUUGAGGAGAAGCUUAAAACACAUCCUUUAUGGGUUCUUUUGUGUUUGGGGAGAAGGGAAUGCAGAGUGACCCCGUGCAAAUGCCUGCUGUCCGGCCACGGAGGGCCGGCAGUGAAGAAUUAGGGAGAUGUGAGGAGGAG